AUGUUAAUUUCAUCUCAUUCUCCCCUAACUAUCUACUCCCUAGUCCCAUCUAACCCGCUUCAGAACUUUACUCAGUUCGAAAAUUUUCACGAGAUCUCUAAUACUAUAGUUAACCUAAUUGGGCAGACUGGUUGCUCGGAUGUUCAAGGGACAAAGGCAAUAGCAGAGACGGAAGCGAAGGCACAUAGCAAGUUAAAAUCAAACGGAUGGGUUACUGAUACUCCAGCUCGCCCGACCCUCUGGCCGUUUGGAUCAAUUUCCCGAAGAAUGAACGUGAUCACCACUCCGACCGCUAAAUUGCCCAUUCAAUCUCCUUUUGGAAAUGACAAGGUCCUUGCUGGUUCAGAGGGACCCCUUGCAACCGGCCACAUAACAGCUAAGACAGUACAAGGUGAAGCAGAAGCAGAUACGAAAAAAGCCUCAUGGAGUAAUAUAGUUGCUGAUUCACAUUAUACUAGACGUACCUGCUUAAAAAAGGAUAUCUUCUUUCCAAAGGGAUUUUCUGGAGUGGCUAGUUCAGAGAGGAUGUUCAACUACUCGGACAGUGGUGUGGCGGGGCUUGAAGUCACAGGCCACAUGGAAUUUAGUUCUGACGAUCUUUCAGGUCCUGAAAACGGAGGGGCUGAGGACUUGGUACGCUAUGUAGGUAGAUUUACUGAAGGCUCGUUAUUUUUGAUACUCACCUCUAAAUGUAUUAAAUUCAUUAUUUGA